UUCCAGGCAAAAGAAGCAGCUCCAUUAUAGUCCAUUCCAACCUUGGAAUCAGUUAGCAGGUCAGGUUGAGGCUGAGACAGUUCCAACACCUAAUUAACUUCUUUUGGGUACAUACAUGGCCGGCUACAACAAUUACGUUACGUACAUGGCUGAAGGAGUGCAACGGCUGUCGGCAGGGCGAUGAGCAAUAGCAACCACAGCAAAGCGGUCCCCUAUGGCUGGCUGUGGGGCUGUGGGCACUUGAUUCUAAAGCUGGAAUCAUGCGCCCACACUUAGAGCCACUUGGGGGCUUGCAUGCAGAGGCUUUCAAGCUUCAAGUCAACCAGGCCAUUAAAUUAGGAGGGCCCUAGCACAUUGGCUGGGCCUCACUCCAUGGGCGUCUCCCGGUUUGGGCAAGUGGGGCUCUUGUUCAUUCUACUCUAUCACACCAUACUUGAUACUCCUUAUCCACAUAUGGUUGCAUAAUGCAGAAGAAUUCCUCUCUCUCUCUCUCUCUGGUCUAAUUUCAUACAACUAGCGUGCUUGGUGCUUGGAGUUGGAGAUAGACUGAUGUCACUCAAAAUCAUGGGAAAGCUGGACUUUUGGAUCAAACGUGGGCAGAUUUCAUGCAAUAAUCAGCUGAGAUUGCUCAAAAAGAGAGAAGUUGAUUAGAAAGCAAAGGGAGUGAAAGGGCUAGAUUGUCAUUUACUCCUUUCAGAUAGACGGUUUACCACAUGCAGAGCACUUUGAUCAGACCCUUUAGAUCCUAAAUUUGUGACCCACCAUCCGCAUCUAUAAAUGCACUUUCAAGUUUCAACCCCUCGCAUCUUCAACUCCUCUGAUCCUCUCUUUCAUUCAUCUUCAUCUUCUGAAUUCUGGGUUUUCUCUUUCAUACCUCUCACACCUCUCUCUGAAGCCCAAAACCACAUUUCUUUAGUGAAAUGGACUUCCUUGGUGUUUCCCUGAUGGUCCUUCUGGCCAUGUUGCAGACAGUUCAUGGCUUUGGAAGUGGGUGGACUGAUGCCCACGCUACAUUCUAUGGAGGUGGUGAUGCUUCUGGUACAAUGGGUGGAGCUUGUGGGUAUGGAAAUCUAUACAGUCAAGGUUAUGGAACGAAUACAGCUGCACUGAGUACUGCUCUGUUCAACAACGGGUUGAGCUGUGGAGCUUGUUACGAGAUCAAAUGUGUAAAUGAUCCCAAAUGGUGCUUACCAGGAUCCAUCAUUAUUACUGCAACAAACUUCUGCCCGCCAAACAAUGCUCUCCCAAACAAUGCAGGAGGGUGGUGCAACCCUCCCCUGCAGCACUUUGAUCUUUCUCAGCCUGUCUUCCAACGCAUUGCUCAGUACAAAGCAGGGAUAGUCCCUGUUCAAUACAGAAGAGUUGCUUGCGAGAAGACUGGUGGGAUAAGGUUCACCAUCAAUGGCCACUCUUACUUCAACCUUGUGCUUAUCACAAACGUUGGUGGAGCUGGUGAUGUUGUGGCAGUCUCCAUCAAAGGCUCUAGAACUGGUUGGCAAGCUAUGUCUCGAAACUGGGGCCAAAACUGGCAGAGCAACUCUUACCUUAAUGGUCAGGCUCUCUCCUUCAAGGUCACAACAAGUGAUGGACAAACUGUAGUCUCCAACAACGUAGCUCCUGCCAAUUGGGCUUUUGGCCAAACCUACAGUGGCGGACAGUUUUAAGCCAGUCUCCUUCAAAUUCUCCAAGAACUAACCCAAAGCACCUCCAAAUUUAGCCUCUCUCCGCCUAACUUAGCCUAUAUAUAGGGGUUGCAGUUCUUUUUCACUAAUUACAUAUACAAGGUAUGAAUAUAGCUAGUCGUUUCUAUCUGGGGUGGCCUUUUUUGAUAUGGCCCUGAACGAUUUCUAUCUGACCGUGUACGUGGGCUUUAAGUGGCAAUGCAUUCACACACGCAGAAAAAUUCGAAGGGUUGGUGUGGAGAGGUCUUUAGAGUAUGUGGAAGACCUCCAUUAAAUCCAGAGAAGAAGCUUCUGUUGGAUUAUUGUGGUCGGUUAGAUUUGGCUGAGGUGAACAACGUUUGUCACCCGCCCAUAAAUGUCUUUGUUUUUGGUUUUCUUUUACUUUUGCCUUUGCCAAUGAUGUCUGGCGGUAUUGUCGUAAGAUCGGAGAGGAGACAGAGAUGGAGUAUACAUAUGUAUUUAGUGCAAGAGAUCUUUUAGCUUUUAUUAUGUUAUUAAGGUUUUGAACGAGUGAUGAGAAAGGUCUGUAAUCAGAUUUUCAUGGGAAAUAUAUAAAUAAAAUGGGGGUGUUUCAAGUGC